AUGAAGCUUUGCAUGAGACUGCCACUCCUGGCUUCGGCCGCCUUGAUGGUGAUGCCGACGCUGGCAUUCCCCAACCUCGGUGCCAUGAUGGCUCCCGGCCCCAACGGCGCGCCUUCGCACUUCGAGAAGCGUCUGCUCUCCGCGGACCCAUUUCAGCUGGGCGACCUGAUCAGCGACCUCAAGAGCAAGGUCUCGGAGCUGACCAAGGAGGCCAAAGUGAACGAUGCAGGCGAGCUGCUCAACACCAAGAUCACCGACAUCACUGCGGAGAAGAUCUACGCGACGUUUGGAGUUCGACGCGAUGGUGGGCUUCUUCCACCUGCCGAGGAUGCUGCACACCCCUGGCAACCACCGCCUCAGGGAGCCAAGCGAGGCCCGUGUCCGGGUCUCAACACCAUCGCCAACCACGGCUACAUUCCACGAAGCGGAGUGGUGAACCCCAUCGAGCUGCUGGUUGGCACGUUCAACGGGCUGAAUCUGAGUCCGGAUCUGGCGGCCAUCCUUGCGGGGAUCGCAUUUGUGGGGAUGGGCGACUUGCUGCAGAUGAAGCUCUCCAUCGGAGAUCGAUACGGUCUCGGAAGUGGACUUAGCCACCACGGCAUUAUGGAAGGCGAUGGAUCGGUGACCCGCAAAGACCACUACUUUGGAAAUAGCUGGGAUGCAGACCCGCAGUUGGUGGCGCAGUUUAUCAACGAGACCAACACCUACGGCAACGGUAAUGUCGACGUUAUCUCCCUCGCCCACUCUCGCUAUCGUGCUUGGGACGACAGUCGCCACAACAACCCGGAUUUCGACUUCAACCCAUGGCGUAUGCUGGUUGCGUACGGCGAGAGUGGGUUUGUGCACGAGGCACUUCGAGGUUCGUCGGCCAAGUUUGACGAGUGCAUGAUCAAGAGCUGGUUCCUCAAUGAACGAUUCCCCGAGGGCUGGAGCAAGCGACUCGUUCCCGUAUCGACGCCCGAGAUUCUUGCGUGGGCAGGCAUCAUCGAGCUUGCCAAACCGACCAUCCCGGGCUGGAGCGUAGGCAAGAAGGGCGCCUUUGUGCCUCUGCCAACCACCGACGCUGCGUACAAGGAGCUCGCCUCGCUCAUCGACCCCAAGACCUCCGGAGCUACACUGGGAGAGCUUGUGUGUGCGGCCGGUAAUGCCGUGCUGGGCUUCUUCCCAACGCCCAUCACCAAUCUGCUCGGCAACUUUGGCAUCAACGGCGUCGGCUCCACCCUCAAGUGCUAG